AUGGAGUUCUUGAUCGGUCUCGACCACCACAACUCGCCGCCGGCGUUGAUGGACUUUUACGACCCUGACUUUGACUCGUCGUCGACGUCGUCGGACCCGUCGUCAGCGUCGCCAUCUGACUCGGGCGCCAGCACGGGCCUCGCUCACUCUGUGAAUUCGCCUGCGUUGCUCGGCCACGGCCACGGCAGCCACACCGGCGCACUCGGCACCACUUGCGGCGCACCCAUCCCUACAGCUACAACAGGAGCCGAUUCAUCACCCGCAUCAACCAACGGAGGAGCCACCGUCGGCAUGGACGACGGUCAUUCCAACUGGUCCGCGCAUGCGCUGCAAGGCACCGACUACCACUGGACAGGCGCUCACGAGGCCUCUCCGCCUCCGCCACCCUCGUCCGGCGACGCGAUCGACAUCGAUGACCUCGACUCGUUCGCCGCUGCUCGACCUUCACGCGCAGCAGUCACAGCAGCAGCAACAGAAGCAGCAACUUCCUCCUCUAUCUCCGCUGCCCCGCUUUCUUCAGCUCGAGACUUUUGGUCCACAGCGCCCAACACGACCGUGCACUCGCCGUCGACCCCGUCUAACCAUUUGCUAGAAGGCGCCUCCGCCCUCGGCAGCGCGGGAGCCUCGAUGCUCGGGAGGAGCUUCAACGAUUCGCCUCGUCGCAAACAACUCGAGGAUCAGAUGGAAGUCGAAUUUGAAUCCGUCGUUCACGGUCACGAGUGCGGGUCAGUCAUUAUAGGUGGGCUUGCUUCGGGGUGAGACGUCUGACUGACGCGCUUAGGCCUCUCUUUGACCAUACUACAUACGAUCAGACCUUCGACCAUUGGCUCACCCGUCGCAUCAGGGAACGGAAACGGCUUUGCAUCGUCAUCCUCUCGGCAUGCGGUUAUGUCGAUGCCCGUCGAUCUUUCGGCUGUCAACGCCGGGAUCGCCCCGCAACUGAUGGGCGGUAACCCUUCUCCGCCGCUGAAUGCGCAAAGGAAACUCGAAGACGAGGCGGCACUCGACCGUGUUGCGACUGCACAGGAGGAGCAUGUGGCUGCAGACGAAGAAGAGGAGAAAGAGUAUCAAGUACUGGACGACAGCCCUGCUCAAGCUGCGUCGCAGGCGAAGGGUGACUCGACCAUGUCCCGGAGCAGCAGCCCCGACCACGCUUCCAGCUAUAACGCCUCGCGGGACCCGUCUCGAAAGCCUUCUUUGACGAGCCCAGCAAUCGCGGGAGGAGCUUCGCUGAACCUGGUCACCAAGGACGCCGUCAUCGCUUCCCAGGUCUUGACGCGGUUGACUCGCGAAGCGGACCGCAAGCGCCUCAGUGCUGCCGGCGGUCUCGGUGAUGUGCAACUGCUCGUUCUCGGUAUCCCCAAGAUCGGGGCCAAGUCUCGCGUAGAGACGCAGAUCAAGAUCUCUUUGGUGCUCGUGAAGGACAAGCAAUUCCAGCAAGGCGCCAAUCCCGUGGCGUCGACCUCUUCAGCGGCGGGCAAGAUGCACGGUGAGGCGUACAUGACGCUUGAUGGAGGAUUAGAAUCUGGAGCAUCGCAGGCGUUUGAUCGGAUUGGCAAUUGGACGCAUGUGCGCUUGCCCUCGACGCUCGCUUUGAAAAAGAGGCCGGCGAAGAAGACGGGCAAAAUUGGUCAGUGGGAAUGGGGGCGAUUGGAUAGUCCCACUUGUCGGGCAAAUGCUGACAGUCUUUGAACCUCGUUUAACAGCUCCGGAUCCGCCUGCCGCCAACACCCUCACUCUCGAAGUUGCCGUGCGCCGUGGCACACAACCGAACGAGGAGAUCAUGAUCUGCACCGGGUGCCAGCAGCGCGAGAUGAAACGAGCACAGCGCAAAAAGGGUAACAAGACCGCCGCCGCUUUGGGUGAAGAGCUCGUGUUCGAUCCCGAGGAGGAGAAGCAGAAGGUUGUAGUCUUCAACUGCGGCGAGUUCCUCGAGUUCAACGGUGGCGAGACAGUGAUUCCUACGCGCAUCACUUGCUACUGCCGACACCACAAGGAGCGCAAGGGGUUCGUCGUUACGUUCAAAGCGCGAGACAACGAAGGCAAUGUCGUGGCGACGGGGCAGACGCCGCCCAUCAUGAUCACGGAUGAUCACAAAACGACAACAGGCACCAAAUCGGCUUGCUCCGUCGAUAUGAGCUUCGAGCAGUCCGCCGUACCUUCCGUUGCACCGUCUGUCGCCUCGUCCAAAUCAUCCACGUCGAAGAAGGCUAAAGCGGCAAAGAAGAAGAAGGACAGCGCACCGUCCAAAACCGAUCAGGUCAUCUCCGCCGCUUCACUGGUACUGCGGGGUCGGUCGAAGCCGACGAAGCGAACAACGAAUCGAUCGAGGGCUGCACGAGGCUUGAACACCGAGAGUGACGACGAAGACAGCGCCCCGUCGACCAAGAGCGGUGUUUCCUCGGUGAACCUGUCGCGCACGUCGAGUCGAUCCGAGAUGAGUCCGAGCUCGGGCAAAAAGGCCAAGCCUUACGAUUCGGAUCAACGACCGCCUCGGAAGCGCUCGUCGAAUGGAGCGUCACAUCGGUCACCUUCUUUCGCCAUGACGUCGCUGAGUCAACCUUCCCCGCCGCUCCGCCCGGUGCCGGACGCUGCUGUCUCAGGCUCUACACCGGGUUCUGCGCCUUCCGUAAACCUUCCUCUUCCCGCGGCGACGCCCCCGGUCGCGGCAUCGGCAGCCGCCUCACCUCUGCAGCCGCAACCACGGGUGGAGCAAUGGGAAUCGGCGCUUGGUCUGGUGGGUGGGAUCGGGAUGGAUCUCACAGCUGCCGGAGUUGGCAGCAGCGGCGACACAAUGAUGACCGACUCGAACUUUGGUAUGCGCAACAACUCGCUCUCCCACUCAACCGACGUCUCGACCGCGCCCUCGCCUGCUCGUUCGUCGUCGACGCAUUUCGACUGGCCGUCGCGCAGUAGCUCGCCUCAGUUCUCGCCCCGCUCGGCGACGACCUCGGUCGAUGACUCGUUCCAGUCCUUCUUCAACAGUCUUAACUCGCCGCCGCCGUUGACGACGAACAACGCCCCGGCAUUGUCGAAUGCUUCGCGGUCGCCCGUUGUGGACUCGCAGUCGUCGAUUGCGCACCGCCACCUCCAGCAACAGCAGCAGCAGUACCUGCAGCAACAGCAGCAGCAGCAACAACAACAACAACAACAACAGCAUCAGCAACGAGAGCAGCAGCUGUUCGCGAGUGGUCUCGUAGGCGCUUUUGGUGGCAACUCGGCGGCAGGUGCGGCCAGCUUGCUUCACCCGGCGUCUCAAAACGGAUCGACGUCGCACGUUGCGACACCGUUGGCUACGAACGUCCCCAGCGGUAUCGACUGGACGCUGUUGCAGAACCAACUGCGUUCGCCCGCAAUGCCGGCAGCGCCCCAGCCGCGUAUCAGUCGUUUGAUCCCAGGUGAAGGGCCCGUACAUGGUGGUAUCGAGGUCACGGUUCUGGGCGACAACUUUGUGCCGAACCUCACGUGCGUCUUUGGUGAUAACGCAGCGGUGCCGACGCACUACUGGUCUGCCAACACGCUUGUAUGCGUGCUGCCGCCAUCGGCGAACCCUGGUCCCGUCGUUGUUGGGAUCAAGGGUGUACCGCUCACGGUGGAGCAAGGCACGGGCCUGCAGCUGUUCACCUACAAGGACGACUCGGAUCGCUCGUUGCUCGAAUUAGCGCUGCAAGUCGUCGGACUCAAGAUGACGGGACGCUUGGAGGAUGCUAGUGCUGUGGCGAUGCGCAUCGUCGGCAACGGCGGUGGUAGCAACAACGCCAACGGUGGCGGAUCGACCAACGGCAGUCGCACAACCAGCCCGGCCGCGAACAGCUUAUCCAGGGAUGCUGCAAGCUUGGCCCUGAGCCUCGAGGCCGCUGCCGCCUCUGUGUACAUGGCGUCGGAGUCGUCGCGACCUUCGUCCCGCGCACAUUCACGCCGAGCUUCGGCAGCGAGCACGAGUGGCGCUUCGUCGCCCGCUCACAUGUCUGCACCUCUGCCUUACUCGUCCGCAGGCGAGACACGGGAUUUUGAAGGGAUCGUUAUCAAGUUCCUGUCGUUGCUUGACCUCGACCCCUCGCUUAUACCUGGAUCGGCGCCGUCUCUGCCUCUGGCACACUCCCCCAUCUCCCACGCCAAUGCCCAAGGCCACACCUUGCUGCACCUCGCCACCGUUCUCGGCUUCCAUCGACUGACCCAGUUCCUCCUCGCCCGUCAAGUCAACGUUGAUGUUCGUGACCGCAGUGGCUACACGGCGCUGCACUUUGCAGCUCUAUACGGCCGAGUCGCCAUCGCUCGCCAGCUUCUCGACGCCGGGUCCGCUACGGGCGUGCGCAACUUGCAGGGCAAGAUCGCCCUCGACAUUGCUCAGGAGCGAGACGACGUCGACGUCGAGGAGAUUCUGCGCCACAGCCGGCCUGCGAGUCGUGGACCGCACAGGUCGAUGCCCCAACGACCCCGCUUCGCCAUGGUGCAACCUUCUCAAGUUCAGUCGUACGAAGCCUCGGAAGUCGACGAGCUGUCGGAUCUCGGAUCAGGCUCCGAGGAGCUGACUUCUUCGGAUGAGGAUGAUUCGGACUCUGACUCGGAUAGUUGGGACUCGAGCCCUUCGGCCAGCGCAUUCGACUCGGAGGAGGACGACGAUGCCGAGUCUGUGGAUGAGGACGAGCGCCAAUUCUCUCGACGCGCGUCUCGCAAUGCUUCCAUCGUCUCGCUGCAAUACCUGCUCGAGGCUGAGGAAGACGUGCUUGCCGAGGCGGACUGGCCAGAGACUUCUAUAGUCACCUCGCUUGGUAAGCCUGACGAGUUCAAUUCUCCAUCGUCCUGUCUUGUACCGAGCUGACUCGAGGAAGAUUCUUUGCAGAUGUCAAAGAGCCGAUUGUAGUGCCCACCGUUGCGACCGUUUUACCGAAGCAACAAGGCUCGAUCGCACCGACGGGCUGGCUUUUCUCGCGCAGGAGAAAGACCAACGGAUUGAGCGCCGACGACUCGGAGAAGACUGCACCGGGCGAGAAGCACUCGAAUGGUGUAGUGACCGACAUGUGGGAAAAGGCCAAGGCGAACGCGUUUGCGCCUCUGCACCACAUGCCCGAACUGACGGCGUUCCCUGGCAUGGCCAUGGCAAGCAUGCCUUCCUUCCUUGGCGGCAAGUCCGAGCAGGCGAUCACGCCUCGCGUCGUCGAUGAUUCGGACGCCGACUCGGAUGCGACGACGACGGAGAGGUCGGUUGCGCUUGAACGAGCCGCACGAGCGGCGGGCAUCGGCAAAGAUUGGAGUGCAUGGUUCACGACCAAGAACCCGUCGUCGCCUCCUCCUGUGUACUCUCCCACGGAUCGAUUGCUCGCGCCGCUCUCGCCGUUGACCAAGUCGCAACGACCGCUCGGUUCGGCCCCGACCACGUUCGUUUCCUCCUCGACGACGUCGAUCUCGUCGAUCAUCAGCAACCCACCUUCGGGUGCGACCACGCCGAGGACUGCGGCUCGCGAAUCGCGCGUCAAGUUCAACAAGGAGAAGCUCGAGCUCGCGCUCGGACGCAAGCGUCAAGGCGUCGAUCAGGAUCGCAUGCUCUGGUUGUUCUGUAGGUUUUGCGCAACGAGGUCAUGUGCGAUAUUUUUGCACUGUAUGCUGACAAUAAUUCUUGCACUGUACCUGCAGGGAUCCCCGUUUUGAUCACGGUGAUUUCGUUCGCCAUCUACGCCAACGCCGACUACAUCUGCCCUGGGCUCGAGCAACUCGCCGAGCUGGUGCUUCCUCGCCAGCUUCUGUAA